AUGUCAACAUAUUGUCCAAUUAGUAGAAAAUAUUUUCUUAUCAUGUUGGAAAAUGAUCAUUAUAUAUAUGUUGCUGUCAAUACCACUGAUGGUGGUGAAAUUGGUUGGAGAGUACCAUUAAAUUUUUGUCCUCUUAGUAUCAGAUUUACUUAUAAAACGUUUUUAAUGUACGCUGCCUAUAUAAAUCGAACACAUGAAACGACAUCACAAAUUGGAAUAAUAGACAGAAUCACAGGAAGCAUUGGAAAACUAGUUGUAACUAUUUCUAAUCAAACCAAUUUAUUAGUUACUCGAUUUUCGGCAUUUGAUAUAGCUAAUAAUUUAUAUUAUGCAUCUGAUAUAAUGAUUAGACCAUUUUUUAAUGGAAUAUCUUAUCUAAAUGUGAAUACAUCAGAAACAGAAAGAAUUGCUUUACCAAAAACCAACUACAACUUCUAUGCAUGGUUUAUUAAGCAAUUUGUUCAAUAA